CGCAGGCAGGCCCAGCAGCAGAAAUAACAGAGACGACAAUAAGGAAGAGAUUGGCGGCCGUUGUCAUUGUUACGAUUUAAUUUAGAAGACCAGUUUCCAGACUUUGACUUGCGUUAUCGAUGGCUGACGAAGCUGCUGCUGCUUCACGACCUGCUACUAGCGUCGACGCCCCACCGAUUGCUAUUGGUAAUAUUGCUGAGAAAAAGUGCAACUUCCCAAUGCUGGUGUUCUUCCGUGACGCAAGAUGUGUAUUUAAGAUGGACGCGCUGGGUUCGGAGAUACUAAAAAUCGCCAUCCCGGCGGCAAUGGCCUUAGCAGCCGAUCCCGUGGCUUCUUUGAUCGACACGGCUUUCAUUGGUCACUUAGGACCCGUGGAGAUAGCUGCAGUUGGGGUGGCGAUUGCAAUAUUCAACCAAGCUUCUAAAGUGACAAUCUUCCCAUUGGUGAGCAUCACAACUUCCUUCGUCGCUGAGGAGGAAACCGUGCAGCGGAUCGAAAGUGAGAAACGUGAGGACACAGGGAAAGCGGUGGUGGUGGAAGCAGAUGGCGAGUCGACGACAGACUUGGAGAAAGGCAAAGGCAUAGCAGGCUCUUCUCCUCCUCCACAGAAUGACGAUGAUGAUGACGAUGAUGAUGAGGGCAAAAAGAAGGAGGUCAGCGUGGGAAUGGAAUCCAGUGGCUGCGCAUUAGAUGGAGAUGUCGGGGGGAACCAUAAUAAUAAGGAAGUGAUGACAAAGAAGAAGAGACAUAUCCCGUCAGCAUCCACGGCAAUAGUUGUUGGUGGAAUGCUUGGUGUUCUUCAAGCUGUUGUCCUUAUUUUCACUGCAACGCCGCUCUUGAACAUCAUGGGUGUCAAAUCUGGUUCGGCAAUGCUAGUACCGGCACAAAAGUAUUUAGUACUGAGGUCAUUCGGUUCACCAGCAGUUCUUCUAUCAUUAGCAAUGCAAGGAGUAUUCCGUGGCUUAAAAGACACUAAAACUCCCUUAUAUGCCACAGUUGCUGGAGAUGUAGCAAAUAUCAUCCUGGACCCAAUAUUCAUCUUUGUGUGCAAGUGGGGAGUCAGUGGUGCAGCCAUUGCUCAUGUUAUUUCGCAGUACUUGAUUUCACUGAUCCUGCUGCUGAAACUCAUGAAAAUGAUCCAUCUCAUGCCUCCAAGCGUAAAAGACUUGCAAUUCAACCGCUUCCUAAAGAACGGUUUUGUACUGUUAGCUAAAGUGAUAGCAGCAACAAUAUGCGUGACCUUCGCCGCGUCAAGGGCUGCCCGCCUCGGUUCAACCCCUAUGGCUGCUUUCCAGAUAUGCCUACAAGUCUGGCUCACAUCUUCACUUCUUGCCGAUGGCUUGGCCAUUGCCGGACAGGCCAUCAUUGCUACUGCAUUUGCUGAGAAGGAUUAUCACAAGGCAACCAGUGCCGCGACCAGGGUCUUGCAGAUGAGCUUCUUCCUCGGGAUAGGGCUGGCGGGGGUUGUUGGGGCUGGUUUGUACUUUGGAGACACAAUCUUCACUAAAGAUCGUAACGUUCUCCGUGUCAUAAGCAUAGGAAUCCCGUUCGUUGCCGCGACACAACCAAUCAACUCCAUUGCCUUUGUGUUUGAUGGUGUCAACUUUGGUGCAUCGGAUUUCAAGUUCUCUUCCUAUUCCAUGGUUUUGGUAGCCGCAGCAACCCUUCCCACCGUAUAUUUUCUGUCGAAAUCAGGAGGAUUUGUUGGGAUUUGGGUUGCUCUAACCAUGUUUAUGGGGUUAAGAACUGUUGCUGGGAUUUGGAGGAUGGGCACUGCAACCGGUCCUUGGCGAUUUCUCAAAGGCUCACUUAAAUUAUAGGAUUAAUUUCCCACCCAAAUUGCACGCAUGCCCAUAUUUACUGUGAUUUGGGCUCUUCUUAUGUCUAUUUUCUGGCUAGAUGAAGAAGAAGGGGGGAAAAAAGACAAAGACCGGAACUUGUAGGUCCACUACUUCACAGUCUUUCUAGGUCCACUUCUUUGCAUGUAUUACAUUGUAAAGACCCUCAGGCAAAAUAAAUAUUAGGAGAACCACUGGAUCGUACGUAUGCUUUCUAAAAUUUUGAUGGAAAUAAAAUUUAGAGUUUUACUGUGUGAAAUUUGAUAUUGGCGUGAACUAAAGGACAGGAAUAAUUAAGACCAUAUAUUUGGUUCAACUUCACUGUGUGAAGUCUAAUCUACAGUGAAAUAGAGGUGCAGC